AUGGCUGGUGACCAAAGCUUCUUGGACACCAUUGAGAAAGGAAAAUCCAACAAAGGCAAAAAUUGGUCUAGUGAUGAGGACAAGGUUCUCAUAGCAGCAUGGGCAAAUACAAGUUUGGAUAUUGUUGGGAUAGGUCAAAACCGAGAUGCUUAUUGGGAUAGAAUUUCAGAGUACUACAACAAACACAAGGAAUCAUCAUGGCCGGAGCGUAAUGCUAAUGCAAUCAAUUGCCGUUACACAACGAUUAACAGAGAGACCUCUAAAUUUUGUGGUUGCCUUCAGCAGAUUUUAAAUAGGCAAGAAAGUGGAAGGACUAUAGAAGAAAAGACAAACGAUGCACACAUUUUGUUCAAGGAAAUGGAUCUUAAAAAAAGGAAGCCUUUCACACUGAUGCAUUGCUAUGUAGAGUUUUCAAAGUAUCCAAAGUGGCAGACAAGAGAAGUUGAAACUUCUCUUAAGAAACAAAAGAAGACCAUUGAUGCAAGUCUGGGCACAUCCACCAAUUAUCCGGCUGAUGCAUCCUCGGUACGUACUGAUGCUACCUCGAUACGCACUGAUGCUCUUGAACAUGAGAAAAGACCUGAUGGUGUGAAGAGGGACAAGAGAGGUAAAGCUGAUGACAGUGCUUGCAAGCUGUCAUUAGAAACUGUGUGGGCAGCAAAGCUAGAGAAGGAUGAGAUCAAAGAGGCGGCAAGAAAUGAUCGCUACACACAGCAAUUGGAAUUGCGAAAAGAGGAGAUUGCACUCAAAAAGAAUGAGGAUGCACGAAACGAGAGGGAGGAUGCACGGAGACAGUUUGAAUUAGAUGAGAGGGUCAUGCUCAUCGACACAAGUGGUAUGACUGAUAUUCAAAAGCAGUUCUACCAAGCUAAGCAGAAGGAGAUCCUUGCUCGUGGCCUAGGGUAA